AAGGAAGCAAGUAAUAGGUAGUAAUUUUUUGUGUAAUUUUCUGUAGACAACAGUUGUGAGGAGACAAAAACAAGAUGCUUCUUGUGUUAUGGAACCAGAACCUGCAACAUGUAAAAAGGUUUUGUUAUUUCUUCAAAAUGUCCUUAAGAAUUUGUGCUUAUCUGCAAGAGGGAUUCAAUACGAGAUGUGUAUACGUUGUAGUUGUAGUGAGGAAUGUCAACGCAUGCACCUUGUUAAACAUAUCAACAAAGAUGAGGUGCAUUGUGGAGAGCAUAUAAUAAGCAUCAAACGCUACUGCAAAUUGUUUGGAGAUCUAACUGCAAAAGUUGUGGGCUCUUCUGGUGGAGAUCUUAAAUUUGAGGAGAUCAAAUUGGUCAUACCUGCUGGUGCAAUUGCAGAGGGUGAACAUGUUGACAUAUUACUUGGACAGCUUAAUGCAACAGAGGAAUGUAAAGUGCCUUUUGCUAAUAACCUGGAGUCAAGAAUAUCGCCUAUAGUGUCAUGCGGACCAUCAGGCAAAAUCUUUAACAAACAUUGUACACUUUCAUUUCCACAUAAUGCAAUCAACAAGGAGUCUUGGGAAUUCACUGUAUACGUAAAUGAAAACUACUGUGAUGAUUGGAAGAGAAUAGAAUGUGAUGACCAAAAUACCAAGGUUUCUAUACUAGAUGGACGAUGUUGUGUAGAAACAGAGCAUUUUUCUUGUUACUGUUUAACAGGAAAGGUUAAAAUAUUAUCGCACUGUAAAAAGAAAUUGCAAUUAGGACUGUAUGGAAAGAUGCUUGGUGAAGGGUACUACCUACUAAGAGUGAGAGUCUGGAGUAAACAUGAUUAUAAGGUAAUGACAGCUGUUAAAUUAUUGUAUUCAACCAGAUUUAUUCAUACAACAUGCAAGUACCUACAAACUAUUGUUAUGUAUAUCCAAUACUCAUGUAAACAUUUUUUUGUGAAUAAAUACCACUGUACACCUUGGGGCUGA